GAACAGUUCGGGUGCCAAUUCAGAGUCUCUGGCCACUUUAAUAAAGCAGUAGCAGACCUGUGCAAAGCAACUUUAUUAAAGUGCCUUUAGUUAAGUGACCUACUUGUCCGCUUGUGCACAAUCUUCCUUUUUCCUAACAAUCCCCUUCACCAUACCCACUCUUAUGUCCUCGUACAUGGGAAUGGGAGGUUUAGAUCUACAUUUGACAAGGGUACCAUUGAAUGCCUCGCUUAAAUUGUUAUUUGGACUAUCACACUUCACUUGUACCAUAACUUCAUUUCUUACGUGUGCAGGUCUCUUCCAGCUUCUGCAUCAGCUUUAUCCAACUCAGUCAGUGAAGCCUCCAAUUGAGAGGUUGAUUUGGCACACUUCCAGAAUAAAUUCUUCAUUAGCAACCCGCGAUGAGUUUUCCUCCAGUUGGCAUGAAUGUGCCUGGCACAAUUUCUGUGCUCAAGCUCAUAUAAGACAGUAGCAAUGACAUUUGCAAGACCCUGUACUCAGAAAAUUCAUUGAAAUUAGAACUGGAAAAUAUGAUAUAUUAUAGCAUCCAACGAAAGGAUUAGAUAGCUAAAGAGGUAAUUUAACAAGUUUGGGGGACUGGUGGAGUAUAAUGACGAUUGGGAGGAGCUGGUGCAGGCUAUUAUGUGUUUCGUAGUCGGUGAUGCUUUUCUAGGGUGUGGACCACAAAUUGAGGAGGACGAGGAGGAGACUAGUGUGUGUCACUAGGGUAGCGUCAACGUGUAGGCUAAUAAGAGUGGCAGCAAUUUUUGGUGGUGAUCUUGAUGAGUGGCAAAGGCAGCUGGCGAAGGCGAUGAGAAAAGGAGGCAUCAGCUAGCGGAGACGAUCGGCGGACAUGAGUAGUGAUGAGUUAUGAUGAGCAGCAACAACGAGUCUUUGGAGUGGUAGCGGCGGUGCGACAUAUCUGUGGAACUUCUAUUGUGCAUGCACAUUUGAAGAAGAAAGAAUAGGGAAGUGUGGAUUGGGGACGUUUAGAUGAGGGGUGUUUUUGUCCACUCAUAUUAUCAUAUAUAAUUAGUCAUUUUUUUGUCUACAUAAAAAGUUAGUACUUCCUAUUAUUUUUUUCCAUUCAA